UGCCAAAGAAAAGGGGCAAAGCCAAAAAAAGAUUAACUGAUCCUGGUGAGAGUUUAUAAAAGGGACACAUUAAGUCAGUAUUUGGUUUAAAUCUUCCUAAAAUGGGUUUUUGCAGGGUCAAAUGUAUGUAAGAUUUUCAAAGGAAAUUUUCCUUCAAUGAAAAAAAGGGGCAACUUUACAAUUUUUUUCUGGAAAAGUUCUCUGAUGUCUUUAUUACUUACCCAAGAAUAGUGUGUAAACCGGAAUUUUCCAACAAUGAACAGAAAAAGAGAAAGAUGGGAAGUGAAAGAAAUCAAGUUAAAAAUUACAUAGGUUUGGCAUAUUUAAAAAUUCAACAUUAAGAAGAUAAAUUAUCUUUUGUGUUAAGGUCCCUUCCCAACACAAAUGGAUGACGUCACACUGUAUUUCUGUUUAUUCAUUGGCCUUUCUGUAACGGCUUUUUGCUGUCGCUGCUGCCCUCUAGCGGUAAAACAUUUACACUGUUGCUACUUUGGAUUUGACCGCCAUGCUGACCCGUAGAUGACCCUACUGUGAUACACGCGCUGGAUUCUAAAAAAAAUUAAAAAAAGAGAAAGUUAAGUAGAAAAUUACUUUUACUAUUAAUGAUGUAGUUUUUUUAAUUUAUGAAAAAAUAUGUAUUUUUAAGAAAAUUACUUUUCUGUGUUUGUUUGUGCUGUGGGAGGGAAAAUCUAGAAGAAGACCGGGAUUUUUGUAGACGGUGAGUUAAAAAAACGGAGGUGGGGGAUGUACACCCUCCAAAAGCCUGAUUUUGAAGUCCUCCUCCUUGCUGAGCUGCAGCGACAACAACGGUGCAAACAUUUGUGUGAUGUAUUACUCAAGGCGAAAGAUGCUUCAGUGCCCGUGCACGGCUGCAUUCUGUCAGCUCUCAGUCCCUCCAUCUACUCGGCUCUCUCCUCCUUGCCGCCUCCUGCAGGACAGAGUUGGCUCCUGGAGUUCCCAACUUUGGGUGCCUCCACCUUGCUCCACCUGGUCAGUCUCUUUUACACGGGAAGGAUGACAGGAGUGGCAGAAAACGAGAAGCAGGAGGCCAUUUCUGCUGCGGCUAUGCUAGGAAUCCAUGGAUUGGUGGAAGUGAUUGAAACAGAUGACAGAAGGAGGGCAGAGCUGUGUCGCUGCAAAGAGGUAGAAGUACAAACAGAACCCCGGAGGAGGGAGGAGGAUGAGGGGCAACGGGGUAGGUGGAGGCGAGAGGUGGUGGAAGGGAACACUUACCUUUGGAAAGAGACACUGUCGGGUGUUGGAAAAGAGGUGUGGACUCAAACAGAAGAGACAAACGCAGCCCCCCUUGUUCUUCCACUGGCUUCCUUUGAGGCAGUUGAGGUGGGGGCCUUUCAGAAUGUAACACAACCAGAUUACCCUCAGUGUGUCCCUGUUGCUGUAUUCUGCCCUCCAAAGGACAACCAGCCUCACCAGUUUUCAUGCUCCACCCCUCCAGCUGGUGCUAAAGAAGCCUCUCAUUCUGCUGCACUGGUGCCAGCCAGGACAGACCCCCCACCCCUUACUCAUUUUUCCCAACAGAUGUUGUCAGAGACCCCUGAGCCUCAGAGCAGCUGGACUGGUUCUCAGGGGCCAGACAGAGAUGCAGUGGCAGCGGAAGAGUCAGAGGACGAGGACUUUGAACAUUUUCAAGACAACAUCCCCGGAUUCAUCAACUACUUUGUGAACAAAAGCAAAGAGCAAGACCAGGGACACAGGAGGAGAGGCAGGGGGGGGCAGAGAGGUGAGCGUGCAGCCAGAUCAGGUCAGCAGAGAGUCAGGAGACCGCGAGGGAGGCCCCGCGGCUCAAGAGGGCAGAGAACGGGGACUCAAAUAGUGGUGGAUGUGCCGACUGUGAAGAUAAGCAGGCUGCAGAAGAUGUUUCUACAUAGGUGGGGGGUAAAAACACCCAGGACGGGUCAGGGCGGAGGAACGGUUGGCAAGAUGUUGUGUCUGAAGACUAGAGAUGGUUUGACACCAACAAGGAGACAGAGAGGAUGCAGCCAGGCGUGGAAGCUCAGCCCGAUCAAAAAGGAUCAGCCGAGGAUCAUGGGAGGGGAAAGGAGCUCCCUCCGUCAGCAGAAAAGUCUUCAGGAGAACCAAACCCAGGUUUCCAGGAACAGAUCAUCCUCCGUUUCUGUUCCCUCAUCAUCCUCCUCCACCAGACCCAUGCAGACAUCUUCAGCUCACACCUCACUUCCCCAUGCUGCCCCCCACGCGCCCGGGGCGUCGCCCAUCCUCCACACCACCCCUCUUCCUCCUCAGGAGGAGCAGCCCGAGCACAUUGACCGUCUUCUGGAGGAGGUCAUGAUGGGGCUUCAUAUUUUACCAGAGGACAACAACACACCUGCACAGCAACAGUGUCCUCUUCCAAUCAGCAGCAACACUCUUGAUUCCUCGCAAACCCGUAGCAAGCAGCAGGACCCCCCCACGGGCUCGGAGGGGCCGGUUUUGCAGCAGCAGUUUGAAGGAGAGCUGAAUGAAAUUCUGGACAGUUUUCUACAAUCCUUUGAGCAGCACGUUGAGAGCUGUCGUGUCAGAGAGGAUUGUGAGGAGAGUAAUGCCAACUCCUCAGAUGCCAGCCGGCGUUGCACCGUCCAGACUCAAACCAGGAGCUCGAGCGACCCUCAGGAACAGGAAGCUGGACAGGUCAGAAGUUCUCAGGCAGCCAUAAACGGACAUCAUUCGCGAUCGCCGCAGGCAGAGCCGAGUGAAGCCCCUGCUGUUGGUGACGUCCUCUCUAUAGAUUCCCAGAAAGCUACAAAGAAAACAAGAAAAAGGAAAAGGGCAAAGACCUUUAUGCUCUCACUGGAGAAGAAAGUUCAGAAAAAGAGGAAGAAGGACGCAGAGGCCAAAAGUGUCAAUGAGCAGGCAGACAAUCGGCAGAAACACAGCAGCAAGACUCUAGAAAAUAAGGCCCAGAACAGUUUACCUCCUGAAAAAUGCCUGUGUGACCACGUGUCCAGAGGCUUAAAGGUUUAUCCAAUCCGAAGCAGAAAAACCAGAGAGCUCUCUGAGGAACUCCCUCUAGCUGAAGAAUCCCCCCCAGCAGAGCAAGGUCACAGGUCAAGAAGAGGCAGAAAAAGAGCUCAAUCUCCCAUCCUGUCUAAUGAAGCAGAGGAGACAGUUCAGGUGGAUUCUGGGAAUGACUCAGAUGACCAAGCAGAGGAUCAUCAAGAGGAACGUGAGGAAGACUUUACCCUGCUGCUACGUAAAGAUCUUGAAGAUCCGACACUCGGGGGAAGAAAGAGGGAAGCAGCAUGUGAGGAAACGAGUCACACUUCCACCAUACGCAAAAGGCCUUGCAUUGACCAGACGCCGCCGCUUGCUCGGGAAACACUCUCACCAUCUUUUGGACCUGAGGACCUCUCCUCUACAGAGCAGGACGAAGUCAUCGAUGUGGAAACGGUUUCUCUGAGAAGCGAGAGCGAUUAUCUCCAAGACACAAAACUAAAGGAAGAAGAGAAGUUGGGACAGGUGAUAAGAAUGGAGAUAAAGAGCAGCGAUGAUGAUGAUGAUGAGAUCAUCGAUUUGGAAGGAGAUCAGGAGGAGCAGGGGAGUCUCAUUUAGGGCUGCGGGGUUUGAUACGAUUAUAGUUCUGGUCUGGUUCCACUGGAUCCAGCGGUUAGGAUCACUGAGUUCUCGAAGAAAGAAACACGACACAAAGAAUUUGAUGCUGGAGAAUCUCUUCCUGUCCCCACGUUAGUUCUUAGAGAAGAUUUCUGAACUGGUGUCAUUUAGCCAGGAAUUAUGGAGAAGGUUUGUCUGAUAUCCUGUUUCAUUUUGAUUGUGUUUCCAUGUUCAACCUCGGUACAGAGAAAGUUUCUCGUGGUCCGAUCCCCACUGAUGUUCACGAAAAGACAAAGAUUUAGCCUUUAUGUCAAGAAGAAACAAAACACAUUAGGUUGAAUUAUUAAGGAGUUUGUGCUCAGAUGUUUUUUAUGGGAACAGUUGUAGUGUUAUUGAUGAUCAUUUGCAAAAGUUUGGUACAUUUGUUCAGAAAGAAAAAAAGAAAAAACAUUUGUUUUUAUGGUUUUAAUUCCAUAUCAUAAAAAAGGCAGGAAGGGGAGAGAUGUUCAGCAUUAGAAUGCAUUUGGAGUGUUUUAUUAGUUUUAACUACAACUAGCCUCUGUUCUACCAGUUUGCUCCAGGUAAACAUUUUAGAGUCCGCUUUUGUUUGGCACUUUUUCCUGUUUUCAGUGCGUUUCUUACAUUUACAUUUUCAUAAUAAACAAUUUUCUGUUUUA